CGAGUGCUUGUUAAACUCCAUAAAUAUGUCUCAAUUUGUUAAUCUGGUCAUUAUCAAAAUCUCGAAAGAUAACUCGCGUUAAUUAUAUAAGAAAGAGGAAAGUUUCAUUUCACGUCUGUUUUCCGUACAAAAUGACCUCAGGUAAGCCGCUCCUCUUCGUCUUGGUGAGUCUCCUGGGCCUGGCCAUGGCCCAGGACGGCUUCCUCUACGGCACCUUCCCUGAUGGUUUCAUCUGGGGUGCAUCUACGUCCGCCUACCAGAUCGAAGGCGGUUGGAACGCAGACGGUAAGGGAGAAAACGUCUGGGACGUCAUGACGCACGCCUUUGAUGGUGGUGUUCAGGACUAUUCGACAGGAGAUGUUGCCGCUGAUUCUUAUAACAAAUACUUGGAAGAUAUCGCUGCACUAAAAGAGACUGGGGUUAAUUUCUACCGUUUUUCCAUUGCGUGGUCGAGAAUUCUACCAACUGGCAAGAUUGAUCAAAUCAACCAGGCCGGAAUCGAUUACUACAAUAGACUAAUUGACGCUCUUAUUGCAAAUGGAAUCACUCCUCUGGUGACCCUUUACCACUGGGACCUGCCUCAACCUCUUCAAGAUGAGUUUGGUGGCUGGUUAAGUGAGCAAAUAGUGGAUUUGUUUGGUGAUUAUGCCGACCUUGCCUUCAGAAGUUUCGGAGACAGGGUUAAGUCUUGGAUCACCCUGAAUGAGCCGUGGGUACAGUCGUGUCUGGGCUACGGUUACGGAUCAAACGCACCCCGCAUAGUGGGCAGUGGCCAGACGGACUACAUUGCGGCGCACAACCAGAUCAAGUCGCACGCCCGCGCCUGGCACAUUUACAACGAUAAUUACAGGCCAACCCAAAAUGGUGAGAUUGGAAUCACUUUGGACAGUGGCUGGCUUGAGCCAAUUUCACAGAGCGCUGAGGACAUUGAAGCAGCAGAGCGCGGUAUGCAGUUUAAGCUUGGAUGGUUUGCCCACCCAAUUUUUAGCGUUGACGGAGACUACCCUCCAGUUAUGAAGGAAUUCGUUGCUAGGCACAGUGCAGAGGAAGGCUACCCUGUCUCGAGGCUGCCAGAAUUUGGUCAAACUUGGGUGGAUUACAUUAAAGGAACUUCCGAUUUCUUUGGCCUGAACCACUAUACCACCUCGCUUGCCCAGUACGGUGUUUGGGAUGGAAACUGGACAAGUUACGACAAGGAUCAGGAUUUGAACACAAGUCAAGACCCUUCGUGGCCUGCUUCUGCAGCUCCUUGGCUUAAGGUUGUGCCCUGGGGUUUCCGCAGUCUUCUGAACUGGAUUAAGAAUGAGUUCAACAACCCACGUUUGCUUGUGACUGAAAAUGGAUAUGCAGACUUGGGUGAAAUCAACGAUGUUGACAGAUCCAAUUAUUACACUAAUUAUAUCAACGAGGUUCUGAAAGCUGUAAAUCUGGACGGCUGCAAUGUUUACGGCUACACUGCCUGGAGCAUUCUUGAUAACUUUGAGUGGGGAGCUGGCUACACGCAAAAGUUUGGACUUUACAGCGUGGAUUUCAACGACCCUAACAGGCCCAGGACUCGCAAGUUGUCGGCCGCCACUUAUGCUCAGAUUAUUGCUGACAAUGGGUUCCCUGCUCCCCCACCAACUGACAAAUAUAAGAAAACUGCACACUUGUCCAAAAUGACCUCAGGUAAACCGUUUUUACUUGUAAUUGUGAGUCUCCUGGGCAUGGCCACGGCCCAGGACGAAUUUCUCAACGGCACCUUCCCCGACGGUUUCAUCUGGGGUGCAGCCACGUCCGCAUACCAAAUCGAAGGCGGUUGGAACGCAGAUGGCAAAGGAGAAAACAUCUGGGACUUUAUGACGCACUUCUAUGACGGCAGCAUUCUUGACAAUUCGACUGGAGAUGUUGCCGCUGAUUCUUAUAAUAAAUACUUGGACGAUGUUGCAGCUCUCAAAGAGACAGGAGUUAAUUUUUACCGUUUCUCUCUUUCGUGGUCAAGAAUUCUACCGACUGGAAGGGUGGAUCAAAUCAACCAGGCUGGAAUUGAUUACUACAAUAAUCUGAUCGACGCUCUUCUCGCAAAUGGAAUCGCUCCUCUUGUGACCCUUUAUCACUGGGAUCUUCCUCAACCGUUGGAAGUAGAGAUCGGUGGCUGGUUAAGUGAGGAAAUCGUGGAUUUGUUUGGCGAUUAUGCGGACUUUGCGUACCAAACGUUCGGAGAUAGAGUUAAGUCUUGGAUUACCCUGAACGAGCCGUGGGUGCAAGCGGCCCAGGGUUACGGUUACGGAUCAAACGCGCCCCGUAUAGUGGGCAGUGGCAAGACCGACUACAUCGCGGCGCACAACCAGCUCAAAUCGCACGCCCGCGCCUGGCACAUUUACAACGACAACUACAGGCCAAUCCAAAAUGGCGAGUGUGGAAUCACAUUGGACAGUGGCUGGCAUGAGCCGAAAUCGCAGAGUGCAGAGGACAUUGAGGCCGCGGAGCGCGCAAGUCAGUUCAAGCUUGGAUGGUUUGCCCAUCCGAUUUUCAGCACUGACGGAGACUACCCUGCAGUUAUGAAGGAAUUUGUUGCAAGGCACAGUGCAGAGGAAGGCUACCCCGUUUCAAGGCUUCCAGAAUUCAAUCAAACUUGGUUGGAUUAUGUUAAAGGUUCUUCCGAUUUCUUUGGCUUUAACCACUACACCACCGAGCUUAUCGAGUACGGCGUUUGGGACGGAAACUACACAAGCUGGGACAAGGACCAGGAUCUGUACAAAAGUCAAGAUCCUUCUUGGCCCCCCUCUUCAGUCGGUUGGCUGAGGGUUGUGCCCUGGGGCUUCCGAAGAAUUCUGAAUUGGAUCAAGAAUGAAUACAACAACCCGCGUUUGAUUGUGACCGAAAAUGGAUUUGCAGACUACGGUGAAAUAAAUGAUAUCGACAGAUCAAAUUAUUACACUAACUAUAUCAACGAGCUAAUGAAAGCUAUUAAUCUGGACGGAUGCAACAUUUACGGCUACACUGCCUGGAGCAUUAUUGACAACUUUGAGUGGACCGGCGGCUAUACUGCCAAGUUUGGUCUUUACGGCAUUGAUUUUAAUGACCCAACCAGGCCCAGGACCCGAAAGUUGUCGGCCGCCACUUAUGCUCAGAUUAUAAGAGAUAACGGGUUCCCUGCACCAUCACCAACUGAUAACUAACAAAUUUGUUACAAGACAAAUAUAUUUUUCACAUGCUCUUCACAGUUAAUGUCAUUCUCAUGAUUGAUAAAUAACGAC